CCAUGGGGACAUUGUAGUGCGGUCACAAAGGCCCUGACCGGCAGUCCAUAGCAUCGGCUGGAAGAGAGUGCUUUUUUGAGCCUGAUCCCUCGCUAACGACCUCGUUGUCUGCCACCUCGUACGGUGAGAAAGAAAAGCAGAAGCUCGCCGUGAGGAUCGCGGCUUUCCGAGAGCUGCAAAUCGCAGGUCCCAAUUAAUGCCGGUGCCAGCGGGUUAAUGUCACCCGGCGCUCACCCCAUGUGUCCACAUUAUCUUGUUUUUGCGGUGCUUAUCUCCACGGCAAGAUAUUCCAAAAGGUCUGGACUGCUUCAUUUAAAGGCACAAAAAUCAUGCCGGUUUGGAAAGCGAGUGGGAAACUGCGUGCGUCUUUCGACCCUUAAGGAAUGACAUGCUUUUGCACACUGGUUUUGGUUUAUUUCUAAUUUUCGCGUCAGAGUUUUUCCUACCAGAAGAUUAUAUUUUGUGAGCGAAGGUCCGUCCCCCUGAAACACAGAAGCUGUGCAGAAGAAUCGGAAAAGUAAAAUAAGUACCGAGAUGUCGGAGGCCAUCCUGGCGUUCCAGGCGCAGCUAUCCGGCGUCAUGGAGACGGUCUUCAAGGCAGCCAUGUACGAGAUCGUCAGGCUUGUGGAGGACAGCUUCCUGGAAGAGGUGUCCCGGAGCAGGGAGCAGGUGGAGACCCUGAAGAAGCGCCUGCAGUGGUCCGAGAGCAAGCGCAAGGAGCGCGAGAUAUUCGGCAGGGCGAGGUGUGCCGAGUGCGGACGAGCUGGGGCCGAAGCUGACGUGGGCCAGACGGAGGACAGAUCGCCGGGACCCGCUCAUGGGGUGACAGAGAACCGCGGCCUAAAGCAGGAAGGAGCUCAGGAGAUCAAGUGGGCCGGCUGUCCCAGGGAGGAUGUGGAGCCUCUGACGAAGGUCCUCGAUGAGGAGGUGGCGCCGGGCACUGACAAGUCACCGGAGGCGGCAGCAUUGCUGAGCAGCAGGAGAGACCCAGCCCUUAAAGAGGAGCUGCCUGACAAGACCCUGUGCCUAAGGACGGCGUCAUGCGGAUUCCAUGAUGACAGCAUUCAUGGGGGAUGCUGUGAGCAGGAAUGGAUGUCGAGCGAGGGUGGGGGUACCCAGCCAUCGGCAGCAGAGCAGCAAGGGAACGUACAGGCACCACUUGAGGGCGUCAGCGUGAAAUUUGGGCAGGCGGCGGCGACUCUGCACUGUGCCAGGGGGUCUCACCACGGCGAUCAAAUGCUCAGCGGCGUCUCAGAGGGCGGCGGCCUGCAGGCUGAGCCCCAGCUGCAUGCAGAAAGUCUGCCUCCCCUGAGGGCAGUCAAAAUGCAGAACGAGCUCAAGGGCCACGUCCCAAUUAAACAUGAAGAGCAGACGCAGUGCGACUGCACCACAGAACCUCGGCCAUGCGUGCUGCACGCAUUGGAGGAGCAGCAGCACAAAGAGGGCAGGGCAGAAGAAAAUAUGCACACAGUUCUGGCUCCCCAUGGGCCUUUAGUGCAGCAUGGGCACCCCGGCGACUCCUCUGCUGCGGAGGAGCCACCUGGACAAGUCAGGAAGCAACUGCAGGGCAGUGCUGUGUUCCUAGUGUCAGGGAACGUGGAGGCCCGUCGUCAGGCUAACACAGUACAGGGGCAGCUGGGAUCCACUCCCCCGGAGAAAUGCUUCACCCCAAUGAUUAAUAAGGCUCAGCUGAAAGCACAGUCAGGGAGGAGUCCCCACAGCUGUAUACAGUGUGGGAAGAGCUUUUCGCACACCUGCCACCUGAGGGCGCACAUGCAGACUCAUACCGGGGAAAGACCCUUCAUCUGCUCCAUGUGUGGAAGGAGCUUUACCAAGCUAAGCAACCUGAAGGCGCACCGCAGGGUUCACACGGGUGAGAGGCCCUACGUCUGCGUCGACUGCGGCAAGCGCUUCACGCAGAAAUGCAACCUGAAAAGGCACCAGCGCAUCCAUACGGACAGACUCUUUAGCUGUAAGUAGCAGCAGCAGUUUUUUGAAGAUAUGAAGAUAUUCAGCUGCUGCCGCCUACCUUAGAGAGGAUAGGUCAGUGAAGCCCUAGAUGCCAUAACAGCACUGCUGGGCUUGUAGGUAUUUCAGAAGAACCUUCAGUGCUUUUGCCAGUUCUUUUAAAAAAUAUACUUAGUGAAAAAAUAAAGUUAAGCACCCAGAUGGAGCGGUGGAAAUGAAAUGAAUCUGCAGGUGGUUAAAGGUCAUGUGAAUGUAUCGCUAUGAGUAUAAUAUCUGAUCAGAUGGACAGUAUGAGCAUACUUCUGGUCCCAUGUCAGUUGGGUGUGGCAUCCCCCCCCCACCCCGCGCACGCCCGGGCCUGGAUACAUGCGGCGAUACGGUGUGGAGUCAUACAGCUGUUGUAUCCUCUCCUGCAGCAAGUCAGGCCACAGCUGUUGUAACUGGCCCUCAAAAUCCUGCAGAUUGGCACUGGGUCUGAGUUGAAGUCCGAGCUGAUCCCAUACAUGGUAGAUUGGGGAAAGAUCGGGGGACCUGGCUGGCCACCAGAGGACCUCAACAUGAUGCAGGCAGUCCAUACACCAUGAUGCCAGGAGUAUUGCCGGUGAGUCUCUACACAACAUUGGCAGGAUCGGUCCGCUCCCUUUGGCGCUGCCGUACGUGCAUACCGCUGUCACCUGUACUCAUGGAGAACCAAGAUUCAUUGCCGAACAUGGUACAACACCACUCGUCAUCAGUCCAUGCCUCCCGAUUACGGCACCACUCCAAAUGCAACCAUCUUGGCACUGGUGUUAACGGCAACCUGUGCAUGGGAUGAACCGUCGUCCGGCUGAUGCCUGUCGCCAACACACGGUGCGGGAUGACACAGGGUGUUGUAUCGAGUCCAAUACCUGUGUCCAGAUUGCAGUACUGGUAAUGUCUAAUGCAUCUACGAGGCAUCCUCUGUGUCUGGUGACUAGACGUGCCAGCUCCUUGCAAAUCGAAUCAUUUACAUACCCUUCGCUGGUCUGUAUGUCUAUCAAAUUACAUCCAAAUCGGACCAUUGCUUCUGGGUGCUUAACUUUUUUGUCACAAGAGUGUACAUUUGUUCCAAUGACACCAGAGACUUUGUGUGGCGCUAAUGAGUCAGACAUGGAAAACCAUGUUGAAAUGUUUUGUUUCAUGAUUAAAACACUAAUUGCUAAACUGU